GUUGCGAUGUUGACACGACACAGCAGAUGACAUAGGGACACACGAAACUUCUAAGGGCAGCAUUUGUACUAGCUCUACCACAAUCAAGUCGCUUACUUCCUCUUAACCCAAAAUGCGGACGACGUCCUUUCGUCGGCCCGGGAGUGCCACCGCGUCCGGCAAGAACAGUUAUCCGUCACAGAGCACGCGGCGCAAGCAUACGGAGGCGGGCUUGAAAAAGGUGAUUGCGGGGGUCAGCGAAUCCGUAGGCAGGGUAUGGCCGGACGAAAACGACGCGGGUAUAAUUUCUACGUCGGAGCAGCAUGCACAGCAGCUGCAAGCUGCAGUCCUUGCAGCGGCGGCAGGGACGAACAAAUCUAGCACAGGAGAGCAGGAGCUGGUGCACAGCGGCGACCAUUCAUCACACACGCGUGACCUGGAAGCGUCACAAAGUAAAUGUAGCAGCAAUCACAGUACACACACCAACGCCUCUUCGCGUCGGGGAAGCAAUGCGGCCGAGCUGCGGCUUGAGGAGCUGCUUGUGCAGAAUGCAGAGUUGAAGCGCAAUCUGCAGGUGUUGCAGGCCGGCGUGGUGGAGUCUAUGAGGGGACACAAGGCCAGGUUUGAUGUCGUAAAAAAGCCCUGAUUCUUCAUCUGUAAUUGUUUUGAUUGGAACCGACCGUGGCCUGCCUACAAGACGACGUUUUUGCACACCGUGGCAAAAAUAGUUGUGAAAUAAGAGUUACUCGUUGCUUGCGCCUCCGCAAGAUUGGCAUUCAUUGUAGGCGUCUUACUUUUUCAUCAUGAUGCUUUACUAGGUUUAUGGGAGGCGCUGCGGGUGGCGGCGGCGUGAAGAUUCCCGCAAAUAAGGAGGCCACCGUUGCGAGCACUGUAAAGCUACCCAACCUGCACGAUUUGGACGAAUUGAAGGGUAUUUUGGCCCGGAAGAAUCAGCAAAUCGCAGAGCUGGAGCAGCGGCUGCGCGACGCGGAAAUUCGGGCGCAGAAGGGGGACCUCGACCGGGAGGAACUUUUGGAGCGGCACGGGCGAGAACUUACUUUGUGGGAGGAACGCUGGCAUCCCAAGUGCGCGGAGGUGUACGCGUUGCAGCUGCGGAUUGCCGAGCUGGAGCGCAGCUUGAUCCAGCAGAAGGGUGAAUGGGAAGAGGCGGUGAAGCGUGAGAGAGCAGCUGCAGAAGCUCAAGCGCGAGACCUGCGGCAAGAGCAUGAGCAGUAUUAUAAUAGCGAGAGUGCGUUGUCCUCGUCCUGUGUGGUCAAGAAUGAGGGCCGCAAGCCAUGAGAAUAAUUGUUCCACUGGAAUUUUUUAUCUGCAAUCCGAUUCCAAAUCGAAAUCAGACACGUGGCGACGCUGCAGGCCCAGAUAGAGAAGUUGAAGGCGGAGGAGGAGCGGCGUAGUGCCGAAUUCGCCACGACAAGUGCGGAGUUCGCCGCUACCCGCGAGAGCCUGCAGACAGCCCGAAAUUCCGCGGUUGCCGCAUCCCAGAGAAAAAGUGCCCAGAUGUACUCAAUUACUGGUUGCUUUUCAAAUUCCUGUGGAGGUCUAGUUCUCCACAAUUCAGAAUCAAUUUGUCGCAGGAGUACAACGAUGUUGUGCGAGGAGUUUUCCCUGUUUUGAAAAAUUUGCAGGUUCUCUCUGUCCGUGCGAGCCUUUGCGCAAAGCGACGAUCUGAUUCUUCGCAGUGUGGUGGAUUGCUGGAAGCAGUUUCGACUGGAGGGAAGGCUUUCGUGGGAGCAGAAACAGCGCCGCGCAUUGGAGGAAAGUUCCGCGAAAAGAGCAGAGGCCUUGGAGGGAGCUCUGGUAAGAUUUUUUUAAUUUUUACCGAGAUGUUUGUACCGUGUUGUGUAGUACUUCUGCUGUUGCCACGCCCACGCACCUUCGUUGUGCAGUGUGGACAUUGCGGGGAAUAAUAGAAAAAACACAUUUGUAGACCUCUGCGCGUGGCGAGUACGACACGUGGAAAGCAGAACUCGUCCGAACAAAGGAUAAGGAGAGUGCCGCGCUUGUGGCAGAAAAGGAAAAGGAGGCACAGCGAUUGCGCGACGAGCUGGAGAAAGUAAGAAAAUCGCACGACGACGAGUUUCAACGCGAACGGGAAACGGGAAAAAAAACCGUUGAACGACUAGAAUCGCAACUGCAAAACCUGCGAGCAGAGCUAGCGGCAGCUCGCGCGAAAGAAAAGGACCUGCAAAAGCGGGUUGUUGACCUGCAAGCGGCAAGUGCGAGCGCUAAAAAAGCUGACUCCUCUCCGGGAAAGAAGCCAGCGGUUGCACCGUCCCCGGAAAAGAAACCGACCCAGCCCGCUGGUAACAAAGUAGAAAAAGAGUCGGCCGACGUGAAACAGGCGUUAGAAAAAGAACUGAAAGAGGCACAGGAAACGUGGGCGGCGGAGCACAAAAAGCGGGAAGAUUUUUUUCGAAGACGCGAAGAUACUCUGGUCAAAGAAAACCAAGCCCUGCAAGAUAAGGUCAAGGAGCUCUCCGCUGCAUCCGGUACGGAAGCGUUUUUCGUUGUGACCACCUUCUACAUUAGAUAUUACGAUUUUUCGGAUCUACUUGAAUGAGACAAGAUAUCUAAGCACACAUUUUGCAAUUCUAUUCCACCCUAACAGGCGGUUUUGGAGCCAGCGGAACACGGAUGGUCCCCGGCCACGACCCGGAACGAAAGUGGAAGCAGAAAAUCAAGCAGCUGGAAGACAACGAGAAAAAGGCAUUAUCAGCCUUGCGGGCCGAAUACGAGAAGAAGCUGCAGGAACUGGAAGCCCGGUUGCAGCAGGCGCAAGCCGAGGCGGGGGAGCUUUCUGCCGCGAAGGCGCACGCCGAACGCGAGCGAGACAGCACUAGCGUAUCCCCAACUAAGCAGCGAAAGAGUAGUGUCGGCGGCGGUAGUGGUGCUCCUGCUGCUGGUGCUGCUGCUGCUUCCUCCACCUCCUCCGCCGCCGGCCCGGCGCGCGAGCAGCAACUAGAGCGCGAGGUCGCGGAGCUGGAAGCCGACCGCAACGAACUGCUGCAGCGCGUGGAGAGGCUGGAGGGCAGUGCGGCCCGAGACGAAUUGCUGCGCCUGGCCGAGGAAAGGGUAGCAAAGUGGAAGAGAGCCGUCGAGGAGAACCUGGUCGAGGUGCGGAAGUCGCUGCGGAUGCUGGUGACGAGCCCGAAAAUCUCCAUUAACGUCGGCACCAAGCCAACACUAAACGUCCAAGCCGCCUUUCCCUUCGACAAGAUACAAACCGCCGUCCGCCAAGAAAUCAUCCCAAAAUUCCAAGUACAGUUUGUUGGAUGCUUGAUUUCAGAAACACGAGUAUGUAGUGUAGAUCUGCCAAGUUUUGUGUGGUUUUUUUUGCAACUUCCCUGCAGAAGGGUACCGCUACCGCGCAAAAAAGUAAAAAUGAUGCAGAUCAUGAAAACAAAAUGAACAGAAAUGUCUCCAUGUGGCAGAAGAGGAGUACGGCGCCGACAGUGACGUGAAAAAGCUCGUCUAUGCUGGCGUGGAGGAUUUGGCAAAAACACUGCAGUCAAAAAUCCACGAGCUGAUUCCGGACGCGGAAGGCAGUUGCCAGUGGGAUGCAGACCCAGCGUCGCAGUCCCCCGUGAAAGCCAGCGCCGCAGCACGGUUACCGGCGGACAGAUCCACGUCUAAGCCACCACCUACCGGCAGCGCGAUUUCCUCGCCAACAAAGAGCAUUUCGCCCCGCAAGCGAGCAUCGCAGCCAGCGGCGCCACGGUUUUGAUGUUCUGCCGGACAAGGAGGUCUCCAGGGUGCCGACCCGGGGCGCUGCGGCGAAUUUUAGCUGCUCUGUGCGAUUUUGUAAGUCUCGCUGUAUUUAUCAGGUAUAUAAACUAGAAUCUUAUCCUGUCUCGCAAAACAAAGGCACAGAGCCAUAUUUCCUUCUUAAAUUCCUCAUCUUUGGCAACCGCCAGGUUCGUCUCGGUGUACUUAUUUUAAUCACUGCAAAAAUUGGUUGAAGUUUCUGUUUCACUGUAGAAUGCUGGACCAUGUAAUUGGAAGACGGAGGUUUCUACCCGCAAAGCAUGUCUUGGCUUGCUGAAAAAUUGUAGAAUUGUUGUGCUUCCCAUUUGUGGAACUGAAUCCUGUACCAAUCCUUGAAGUAGUAGAAAAUGAAAACUCAUUGAUGGCUACCGUAAACGUCGUGUAGGAUACAUCUACGCACCUUAAACUUGUUUGACAGCGUGUGACGCGAUCAGUUUUGAGCGAUGAA